GGUCUGCAUACUUGAGUGGCAGCAAAAUCGGCGCUGGAAAACACCCCUGUGGGGCAAAAAAAGGCAAAAAGAGCAUUGCAUUGCUGUAUCUGGCGCCGCCGCGACGCGCAACGCCGGAAUGAUGGAGGUGGAGCCGCAACAACAAGCGCCGCGACGCGUCACGCCGGAGCUCCAGCUCCGCGACCUGCCAGCGCGAAAAGAGCCGCACGCGCUCUGGCGCGCGGCGCGGGCCGGCGACGUCGACGCCGUACGCGAGGCGGUGUCGGCGGGGCUCUCGCUGGACGCGCGCGACGGUUUAGGAAGGACGCCCUUAGUCGUGGCGGUGGUUCACGGCCGCAAAAGAUGCGUCGACGUCCUCCUCGACGGCGGCGCGGACCCCGAGACGCCGUCGGGCCACCGGAGCCGGCCGCUCGCGUACGCUGCCUUUCGGGGCGACGCGGCGCUCUGCGCGCGGCUCCUGGGCGCCGGGGCGGAUCCCAACAAGAAGGCCGCCGAUGGGUGGACGGCCCUACACGUCGCCGCGCGCCAGGGCGCCGCCGACGUCGUCCGACUACUCUUGGCGCGGGGCGCGACGCGCGACGCGCGCACGGGCACGGGCCGCACCGCGCUUGUCGUCGCGACGGCCUUCGGGGAGCUGCAAACCGUGCGCGCGCUGCUGCGAGCCGGCGCGCGGCCCGACCUGAACUUGCUGGCGAUGGACCCGGCCGAGGCCGAACAGAGUCUGUUCCCGCUCCUGCAGACGGUCCGGUCAGAAUCCGAAGCGCGCGCGCGAGUGCGGCGGGGCCUCGACACGCUCCGGGCCGUGAGGGCUGCCGGUUCCUGGAGACGCCAUCUGGCCGGCCCGAGACGCGACCUUGUGGUCAUCCGGGCCCUCCAGACGCGCUAUGCCGCGCGGGGCCGCGCCGCGGGCGGCCUACCGCUUGAUGAAUUGCCGGACCCGCUCUUCCGCCACGUCGCUUGCUACUUCUGGGGCGGCUGAUUGCUUGUGUAAUUACCAUUGAUCGCAUG